AUGGAGCAGAACAUCGGAGCCCAUCUCCACCACACACACGUCGACUCCAUCAGCUUCGGCAUCGAUCAGAUCCUCAACAAUGCAGAGCAAGGGAGCUGUAUGAUCUCUAACCCCAGGAUGCAGGACUUGGACUACGGGCUGGGGAGCAUUGUGAGCAAUGCCUACAACACCAUGACGGGCAACUACAACGGCAACACCAGCGGCGGAUACAACAGCAAUGCGUGCAGCGCUGCACCACUCGGGGGCUCGUACAACAUGAACGUUGGCAUGAACGGGAACGGAAACGGCCUGAACGCGUCCGGGGUGAUCCGUGUACCCGCACACCGGCCACUCAACAGCAUGCACUCCUCCAUUCCCACAAGCGGCGCCACGGUGCACAGCAUGGCAGGCAUGGGCACUCUCAACAACCUCACAGGGUUAACAUUCCCCUGGAUGGAGAGUAACAGGAGAUAUACCAAAGACAGGUUUACAGUGGCCCUCUCACCCUUCACUGUAACACGCCGUAUAGGUCACCCGUACCAGAACCGCACACCACCGAAGAAGAAGAAGCCGAGGACGUCAUUCACGCGGCUGCAGAUCUGCGAGCUGGAGAAGCGCUUUCACCGCCAGAAGUACCUGGCCUCAGCAGAGAGAGCCGCUCUGGCAAAAGCACUUAAAAUGACUGAUGCACAAGUCAAAACAUGGUUCCAGAACAGAAGAACAAAAUGGAGGAGGCAGACGGCGGAGGAAAGGGAAGCCGAGCGGCAGCAGGCGAACCGUUUAUUAAUGCAGCUGCAGCAAGAAGCUUUUCAAAAGACUCUGAACCAGCCUGUGACUCCGGACCCGAUCUGCCUGCACAACAGCUCCCUGUUCGCUCUGCACAACCUGCAGCCAUGGACUGAGAACUCCAGCAAGAUCAGCAGCGUCUCCACCUGCGACUAG